AUGCAAGUUAAAAGUAAAGUCAAAUUGAAGGAUAAGAAUGUUGCUGUUACUUUAAUACCUGAAGAUUCUGAAGAUUUAUGGUAUAUUUAUAAUCUUAUCAAAAAAGGAGAUUCAGUUUCAUUAUUAACUCAUCGAAAUGUAAAGAAAGGAAAUCAAAAUAAUAUAACUAAAGGUAACGCUAAAAUGGAGAAAAUACUCGUGAAAUUGAAAUUAACUGUUGAAGAAGUAGAUUAUAUUGCUUCUGAUCAAACAAUGAGGAUAAAUGGUAAAUCAUUAGUACAACAAGAAUAUAUCCCAUUGAAUUCGUACCACACAGCGGAAGUUGAAUUAAAUAAAGAUUUAACGGUUCUUAAAGACACUUGGGAUGAAUAUGAUAUGAAAUUAUUAGAUGAUUUAUGUUCAAUUGAGAAAAAAGCAGAUAUUGGUGCAGUUGUAUUCCAAGAAGGUGUUGCUCAUUUAUGUUACGUUACAAAUCAAAUGACAGUAUUACAAGCUAAAAUAGAGAAAUCAAUACCUAGAAAAAACAAUGAAUAUGGUACUAGAGACCUAGAUAAAGCCAUGAAUUCAUUUUAUAAUAUGAUUAUCGCAUCAAUGCUAAGACAUUUUGAUAUUAAUAAAUUAAAAGUUAUUAUACUUGCAUCACCUGGAUUUUUAGCAAAGACAUUAUAUGAAAGAUUGAUACAAGAAUGUAUAAAUUUACAAAAUUCAGGUAAAGAGAAUAAACAAUUUCAAGACAUUAUUAAAAAUAAAGCAAAAUUUUUAAUUGCUCAUUCAUCUACUGGUUAUCUACAAGGUUUAGAAGAAGUUAUAAAUGAUCCACAAACAAAGAAAAGAUUAAGUGAUACCAAAUUUCUAGAGGAAUCUGAGGUAUUAUCUAAAUUUCAAAAAGCAUUAAAUGAAGAUGAUGGUAGGGCAUGGUAUGGUUUAGAAGAAAUAACAAAAGCACUAAACUUAGAUGCUGUAAGGUAUCUUAUGGUUAGUGAUGAUCUUUUUAGAUCAGACGAUAUUGAAAUAAGAAGACAUUAUAUUGAUUUAACAGAACAAGCAAAAAAUUUGGGUGCAAAAGUUUAUAUAUUUUCAAGUUUACACGAGUCUGGUAUUCAAUUAAAUCAACUAACGGGUAUAGCAGCAUUACUCAAGUAUCCAGUGCCUGAUUUAAAUGAUUCAGAUGAAGAGUAG